UAUCCACAUCACCAAAGCUAAGCAUGGCUAACGAACAACUUCAACCCAAAAAUCCUCGCAAAUCACCUGGGUUGCAGGAACUACCACAAAUGGAAUAUUCAAAUCCAACUCUGAACGAUGUACGUCAGCAACAAUUGGAUACUAACAGGGCUCAGCAAUAUCAAACAUCUAGCAAAGAUUGGAAUUCAUUACAUAAAGUACACGGUCCUCCGGGAACCAAUGUUAAUAAUGGUUUAGUUACAGCAUCGAGCAUGAACAACAGCAAUCAAAGUCUUGUUAACGAAGGGCUUGUUACAGUGCCUCCACAAAGAGUUGUUACCUCUGGUGGAAGCACUGAUUUGACCACAAUGACUGGACUCCAAAAUGCAUCUAAUCUUGGACAAUAUGCAGUUAAGAUGCCGCCUGGUUUUGGCAGCGUGAAUAAUAAUAGUAGUACAUCGA